AUGGCCUUCCAUACGUCCGUCUCGCAGCACCCGAGGAUCCUAAACACUUCCGAGAAUGAGUACUCUGUCUCGCCCCGCCCCGGCCACGGCAGCGACUCGCCAGCCAUCAACUCACCCGCUUCCUAUCGGCGGAAGAUGUCCAUCUUUGGAUCCCUGGGCAAAUCGCUGAGCACAAGUUGGGGCCGUCCGCUCUACGGCAGCUACUCGGCCCGGUCUCUUUCAGAGAUCUUCCAGUUUGCGCCAAAGUCGCCCGGCGUCGAUGCAUUCUACUCUGCCCUCGAUCACGACAAGUACUGUAAAGACUACACCUGUUGUGGACUCAAUCUGGAGAAUCUUCACGAUCUUGUACAGCACUACGAGGACUGCCACCUGCGGCCAGAGGAAUAUCACCCCGACGACGACGAGCUGCCCUUUGUGAUCGAUGAUGAUGCCGAUAUGGACAUGGCCAGCAGCAGCAGCACCCACACGCAUACCAACCCGCUCGCGACCUCGCUCUCGCGGCACCACCGCCAUCCGCUCUCGCCACAGUCCAACCGCCAUGCCCAUCGGAACCACCCGACAUCGAUCAACCCCACAGCCAUCUAUGCCGACUCCAGCACCCAGUCGAGCCAGUCUAAUCCAUCGGACCGCAAGCGGUUGGCCUCGAGCUACAAGGCCACCCCGCGGAUGCAGAAGAAGAACCGCUUCGAUGACAUGGUCUGCGACGAUGCUCCCACCCUCCUGCCGCCGACCUUUGACGGGCCCACGGCCUACAUUGCCGACCCCGAUGUCGAGGACAUUGAAAUGUCCGGCACCUCCCCGACCACAUCAACGGCGCCACCGACAACCGUUUCGGGUCUCUCGGAUGCCUCGCAUCUGUCCAUGGUCCACUACGAGGUCAAGCUCCAUGAUCACAACCCUGGGUCCGGCAUGGACUCGUCGUCGUCGAUGGGCGGGGACUCCUCGUCCAUCCAAACCAUGCCCUUCCAGACGACGGCGCCCAUGCCCGAGUAUGCGCCGUCGAUCGAGACCCCUGCUCCUGCUCCUGCCCCAGCCCCGACCUCGCCCGUCUCGAGCGACAUCGAGAAUGAGGAGGUGAGCAAGGACGACCGCCCGCACAAGUGCAAGAUUGCUGGCUGCACCAAGGCAUACAAGAACCCGGGCGGUCUCAAGUACCACAUGCAGCACGGCCACUGCGAGGACACGGGUGAUCCGGAGAUGAACCACAUCAUCUCCAAGCCUUACCAAUGCAGCAUCGCCGACUGCGGCAAGCGCUACAAGAACCUCAACGGCCUCAAGUACCACAUUGAGCACGCCCACAUCUCGCUCCUUGGUCCUCCCUCGGCGGCCAACGCCCAGGCUGCCAUGGCCCCACAGCCGCCUGGGCGCCUUGAUCUGUCCGGCCUCCUCGCCCACUCAAACGGACUCAUCAACGGCCUGCAGACCAGCAACUCUGGUGGCAUCCCCGGCCAGCCCAACAUGGCCCUGGGCAAGCCCCCGAUCCUUGGCCCAAACAACGUUGGCUUUGCUCCGCGGCUCGGCGGGCUGAGUGCCCUUGCUCCGUUUGGCGGAUUCCCGCCGGGGGCCAUUGCCAUGCCGGGCGGUGCUCCCCCCGGAAGCGUGCCCAUGAAUGGACAGGCGGCUUCGGUUUUCAGCAACCUGACAUCGCGGCUGGGCCUUGCUGGCCCAAGCGCCUCUCCACUCGGCUCGAUGCCCUCGACGCCGGGCCAGGCCAUUGGCUCGCGGCCCACGACCCCCGCGUCCAACGCCAGCACUCUCGGCACCAGCCUCUCGAGCGUUCCGCCCAAAUCCGCUUCGGCAAGCACAGCGUCGCUGCCUUCCAUGGCAGCCGUUCUCAAUGGACAAACCCUGUCGACAGGGCAUAUGCAGCCCAAGAGCAGUGCAAUGUCGAUGGGCCAUCCGCCCCACGCCGAGCCCACCAAGCCCCAGCAAUCUCUGCUCAUGAAGUAG